AUGUAUUUCCCACGGAAUCAUCGCUAUCACAAAGUACUUUUGUACUUGAUGGCUGCCGAGCUGCCGUUUACCAUUGUUAUCCUUACACUCACGGGAAUCGCUUCUCAUAAUCUAUACCGGACGAAGCUGUGGCAGGAUGGCGCAGACAACGGCUUCAACAGUUCCCCCGAUGAGCAGUUGUAUGCGGCUGCCAAUUAUCGACCUUAUAAGGUGCCUACGGUCUGGAGCGAAUUGUACGUUUCCUUGUCUCUUGCCUUUCGCUCUGCUUCUUUCUCUUCUCCAGCGUUCCUUGUUCGUCUAAUCCUGAAACCGGAGAAGAAUGUCGCUGACGCUGGCUGGGGCUGCAGCAUCACCGAUUACAACCUAGUACUUAGUGUUUUAAGCACAUUUUUCUUGAUCACCAAAGUCCCCAUACACUUCCUUCGACUGUUCUAUCCACCAUUGUCGGUUAUUGUCCACGGGGCCGGCCCUGAUAUGUCGGAUCCCGCGCACCCGCAGCCCGGUGCGCCGUGGUACAUCACGAAGAAGUGCACCGUCGCUGCGAAUAAGGACAACAUCAAUUACUGUCGUCAGUCGAAGGCCCUGUUUGCAUUCACAAUAGUAGUCAUCGUUCUCUAUUUUGUCGAGUUCGUUCUGAGUAUCCAUUCCUGCGUUCUGACUCCGGAGGAGCGCGCGGAACGAUUAGAGAAGGCGGAAGAGAAGAGAACCUGGAAGGAAUAUGAAGAAGCCGUUCUCAAGUCUCCCGCAAUGAUUCCGAUGAGCCCAGCUUAUCCACAGGGCAUGCCUGCUAUGACACCCCGUAGCCUUGCCUUCAACCGAUUAGGAGGAGACGAUUCAUCCGACCUACCUCUUCGGGAAUAUCUCGGCGGUUCAGAUCCCCGCCACUCGAUGCAGCAGGAGUCGUCGGCGGAGACUCUCGCAUCAGGGCAAUACGCCCAGACUGGGGCAACGGCCCAGUCUCAGCCUCAGAUGUAUUUCCCUCCGCCUCCCAAGAAGGCCGCCAAAACGUGA